GGAAAGGUCACUAGGUGACUGGGUCAAAACCACGUAGUAAUAAUAAUUUAAUUUACUGAGUCGUGAUGAAUGGGUUUAUAAAGUACCGAUCUCUGAGACAGAUUGUCUCGAAAUGCAUACAGAUAUCCGAGUUUGGCACAGCCCAGAGUUCACCUGUGUAUGAACUGCGUACAUAUGGAAUCCAGCCGAAGGAUCUGAAGGCAUUCCUCGAUCUCGGCACAGACUGGAUGCAUCUGCGAUGUUCACACUCCAAGCUGCUUGGUUACUGGGUCAGCGAACUUGGAGGAAUCAGCGAUGUUUGUCAUAUUUGGGAGUAUGAUGAUUUAAGUCACCGGGCACGAGUUAGGAAGGCCCUGUCUGAAGAUAAAGACUGGAUGAGCGGCUAUUUGAACAAAGUGUUACCCAUGUUCAGAUUUCAAACAAACACUCUGAUGACACUGGCCCCAGGUUGUAAGAUGGCAUCCGAGGUCAAACCUGGAGGUGUCUAUGAACUACAAGUUCUCACUAAAACUGACUCGGCCUCAGAUAUCUCCGGCGACGCCCACUCUAGUCUCUUGGCGAGGUUUUUCAGUAUCGUUGGUCCUACCAACAGUGAAAUCCGACUUUGGCAUCAUACUGACAUGGAUGUGGCCAUAGAUUUCAUGUCAAGAAAAGCUGGAGAUAUUAAAACAGCUGGCCAUUCACGUCUGCUUCUGCCUGCUUCGUGGUCGCCAUGGAAAUGAUUUACCUCCCUUGAAUAGAAGUGGCAAGUGGUAUUUAUAGAACAUUCACUAUAUACAGCAACCAUCUUUAGCAUGCAUGUAAUAUAUAAUAUCGGCUAGAAGUGUAUUUUUGUGUAUUGUAUAUAAUCAUACUUAUAAAUAACCUAGUAUAUCUCAAGUAUAUUUUUAGAACUAAAGCCUACAGUACACGAGAGUUAUCAGUUGAGCAAAACGUUACUUGAGACCUUUUCCUCAGCUAAUAGCUACCGGGUAAUAGCAGAUGAUAUUUGCCUUGAGUUUUUCGCCUUGAGUGGUCAUGAGGAAACAUAUUUAUCAUGUUUGAUAUUUUUGACCAUCAGUGGCAAUGUGAGAUAUCAGCUGAGCUGAACUUGCCAACUGACCAACAUGAAAAUUGCAUCCUAGUGACAUCAUCGUUACCGCAGUAAGCAAACUAGCCCAGCACUUAGCUCACUGUGUGUGGUGAAAUUGCUUUGAGCAUCGGCUGAGCUAAAAGUUUGAAGUAAUGUUUUGUUCAGCUGAUAGUUCUUGUUUGCUUUAACCAAUAAAAAUACUGUCGCACACCAAGCUUUGGCUGUGCUUGUUAAUGUAGUCACAUAAAUAUGUGUCAUUCUCCAUUUUAACACAGAAACGGGUGCAAUUCCACUAGUUUGUGUGACAAAGUAUUACAGACUUGUAUGUAGUAUGAACACUACGGCAUCUGGUCACAACCAUUGAUAGCAAUAACACGGGUUCAGUAAAAGUGUGGUUGUGUUUGUAUGUGGCAUUAAUAAAUGAUACUAUAUUGUGAGGCAGUGAGAUUGUGAGUUUAUUAAAACUGUAGUUGUGUUUGUAUUUUGUAUUAAUAAUAUGUUGGGGUGAGAUUGUGAGUUUAUUAAAAUUGUAAUUGUGUUUGUAUUUUGCAUUAGUAAACAAUGCUAGGGUAUUAGUAAACUGUUCUUUGGUGUCAAUAAACAAUGUGCUGGGGUUUCAAUAAACAGUGUGCUAGGGCAUUAGUAAACAAUGUACUGCAGUGUUGGUAAACAAUGUGCUAGGGUAGUAGUAAAAAUGUGCUGGAAUGUCAGUAAAUAGUGUGCUGAAAUAUCAGUAAACUAUUUAUUAGGAUAUCAGUAAACAGUAUUCUGGAAUAUCAGUAAACAGUGUGCUAGGGUGUUAGCAAACAGUGUACUAGGGUGUCAGUAAACAGUGUGCUGGAGUGUCAGUAAACAACACUGGUAUUGACAUGGAACUGAUUGACAAUCUUAUUUCCUCCCCACCCCUGUAGUAAAUAAUGUGCUUGAAUAUCAAAGGAAAUGUUUUAUUUAACAAUGCACUCAACACAUUUUAAUUACGGUUAUAUGGUAUCAGACAUAUGAUUAAGGACCACACGGAUAUUGAAGGAGAAAACCUGCUUUCGCCACUUCAUGAGC